GACCCCAACGCCCCCAAGCGUGGUCUCUCCGCCUACAUGUUCUUCGCGAACGAGCAGCGCGACAACGUCAGGAACGAGAACCCCGGUAUCGCGUUCGGACAGGUUGGCAAAGUCCUCGGUGAGCGCUGGAAGGCUCUCUCUGAGAAGCAGCGUGGUCCCUACGAGGCCAAGGCUGCCGCCGACAAGAAGCGCUACGAGGACGAGAAGGCCGCUUACGUGGUAAGUGCAGAGUCGCCGAGUCUGGUGUUGUGA